AUAUAAAUGAGUGCCAUUAUCCGGAGAUGUUUCCAUGUCAUGGAACUUGCAUUAAUACUCUUGGAAAUUACACAUGCGAAUGUGGACGAGGGUAUUCUGGUGAUGCCAAAAUUCGAGAUGGUUGUCGACGUAAACCGUAUCACCCUCUCUGGUUAUAUAUAGGUGUGGGUUCUGGAUUGCUUGUAGUGCUGAUUGUAUUAUCGGUGUCGUACUUCACGGCCAAGAAAAAGAAGCUAGUUAAGCAAAGAGAGAAAUGUUUCAAGCAAAAUGGGGGUGUGCUAUUGGAAGAGAAAUUGAAAACUAUGGGUGGCAUCAGUGUCAGUUGCAUGAAAAUUUUCCACGUUGGAGAGCUAGAAGAAGCGACUGAUAAGUAUGCAGAACAUAAGAUUCUUGGUAGAGGAGGCAACGGCAUCGUGUACAAGGGAAAUCUGCUAGAUAAUCGUGUUGUCGCAAUCAAGAAGUCCCAAAGAUUGGAUCAAAGACAAAGGGAGCAAUUCAUAAAUGAAAUGGUAAUUCUUACACAAAUCAAUCACCAAAAUGUGGUGCAGCUUUUGGGAUGUUGUUUGGAAACUGAUGUUCCGUUGCUAGUUUAUGAAUUUGUCUCUAAUGGCACUCUUCAUCAUCACAUCCAUAAUAGAAAGAGUGGUGUAGAGAGAUUGUCUUGGGAUAGUCGUCUAAGGAUAGCACAUGAAUCGGCAAGUGCUCUUGCUUAUCUUCAUAGUGAUGCAAGAAUGUCAAUUAUACAUAGAGAUGUGAAGUCUAGUAACAUCCUAUUGGAUGAGAGUUACACUGCAAAAAUUGCAGAUUUUGGUGCGUCAAGGUUAAUCCUCUUAGAUGACCAUGAUCAAGUCACUACACUUGUUCAAGGGACGUUGGGAUACUUGGAUCCUGAAUAUUUGCGUACAGGCCAACUAACAGAUAAGAGUGAUGUAUAUAGCUUCGGAGUGGUUCUUGCAGAACUCCUUACAGGAAAAAAGCCCAUUGCUACGAAUAGAUGCCUAGCAGAGCAAACUCUUGCAGCAUAUUUUGAAAAGGCAAUGAAGGAAAAUCGAAUGCUUGAAAUUCUUGAAUUUGAAUUGGUAAAGGAGGCAACUGAUGAGCAGCUAAAAGCAACAUGUGACCUGACAUGUAAAUGUCUUAACCAAUUAGGUGAGAACCGGCCCAGCAUGAAAAAAGUGGCAAUACAACUUGAGACAUUGAGGAAGAUUCGCAAGCAUCCUUGGGUUAGCCAAGUUAACUACAAUGAAAUGAGUAGCUUAAUGCUUGAAAAUGAACCAAAUGAUCUUUACGAAGUUCCU